ACAACCGUCUUAAACCCUGAAACCAAAUUCUAAAACCCUUUCUCUGCCUCCCUCGGAGCAGCGUCCGUGGUUUUCCCGUUUCUCUCAUCCCAUGGAUUCAAGUUUCGUAUUCGAAGUCCCCAGCGACGAAGAACCCGAGUACGAACCAGACGAGGAUGAAGAAGAAGAAGGAGAAGGAGAAGGAGCAGCACAGACCGCCUCUCAAUCUCCAUGGGACUUCGCUUCAUACUCCGAGACGGUUGCCGAAGAACACGCUCGUCGAAGCACAACCUCAGUCGAUUUCAAGAUCUCCAAAGCGCUUGAGCAACGUCGUCUCCCAAUCCCCAACCAAGACGAUAGCUCCGAAUCCGAGUCUGACCACCAAGAGGAUUAUACGCCCGAAGACGCUGACGAGGCGGCCAGUGUCGGCGGUGACCGCAAGUCCUUCUUUGCUCCUGCUGAUGGAGCUUCUUUUCAUGCCAAUUCGUUCUUGGAGCUUAACCUCUCUCGACCGUUGCUUCGAGCUUGCGAAGCUUUGGGAUACACUAAACCCACCCCAAUUCAGGCAGCCUGCAUACCAAUAGCUUUAACUGGGCGAGAUAUUUGUGGGAGCGCCAUUACUGGCUCUGGCAAGACGGCUGCCUUUUCCUUACCUACAUUAGAGAGGUUAUUGUUCCGUCCAAAACGUGUGCAAGCAAUCAGGGUCCUUGUUCUUACUCCAACCAGAGAGUUGGCUGUUCAGGUCCAUAGUAUGAUGGAAAAACUCGCUCAAUUUACUGAUAUCCGAUGUUGCCUGAUAGUUGGAGGGCUUUCAUCAAAGAUGCAAGAGACAGCUUUGAGAUCAAUGCCUGAUGUUGUUGUGGCUACCCCGGGACGGAUGAUAGAUCAUUUACGCAAUUCCAUGUCUGUGGAUUUGGAGGAUCUUGCAGUUCUAAUCCUUGAUGAGGCAGAUCGCCUUCUGGAGCUUGGAUUUAAUGCUGAAAUUCGUGAACUGGUUCGCUUAUGUCCUAAACGGAGGCAGACCAUGCUAUUUUCAGCUACGAUGACUGAAGAAGUUGAUGAGCUAGUCAAGCUUUCUAUGACCAAACCAAUGCGCCUUGCUGCUGAUCCAUCCACGAAACGGCCAGCAACAUUGACAGAAGAGGUGGUACGGAUACGGCGAAUGAGAGAAGUAAAUCAGGAGGCAGUUCUUCUUGCAUUGUGCUCCAAGACCUUCACAGCAAAAGCGAUUAUCUUCAGUGGAACCAAACAAGCUGCACAUAGGUUGAAGAUUUUGUUUGGAUUGGCUGGCUUUAAGGCUGCCGAGCUUCAUGGAAAUCUUACACAAGUCCAGCGUCUUGAUGCUUUGGAACUUUUCAGGAAGCAGCAAGUUGAUUUUUUGAUUGCAACAGAUGUUGCCGCUCGUGGACUUGACAUAAUUGGUGUUCAAACAGUUAUAAACUAUGCAUGUCCUCGUGAUCUUACCAGUUACGUUCAUCGUGUUGGUCGUACAGCAAGGGCUGGUAGAGAAGGAUAUGCUGUUACAUUUGUAACUGAUAAUGAUAGAUCUCUCUUGAAAUCUAUAGUGAAGAGAGCUGGUUCAAAGCUGAGGAGCCGAAUUGUUGCAGAGCAAUCUAUAAUUAAGUGGUCUCAUAUGAUUGAACAAAUGGAAGAUCAAGUUGCUGCCAUUCUCCAGGAAGAGAGGGAAGAGAGAAUCCUCAGAAAAGCUGAAAUGGAAGCAACAAAGGCUGAAAACAUGAUUGCCCAUAAGGAUGAUAUCUACUCACGCCCUAAAAGAACCUGGUUUGCAACAGAAAAGGAGAAGAAGUCUGUGGCAAAGGCAGCAAAGGAUUCUCUAGAAAAGGAAAAUGGUUCUGGGAAUAAUGUAAUCAGUGCCCAACAAGCUGAAGACCUCAAAAUGAAGGAAAAGAGGAAAAGAGAACGAGAGAAAAAUUUGCCACGGAAGAAGCGGCGAAAACUGGAAGCAGCUAGAGAGAGAUUGGAGGAUGAAAAUCAAAUUGACAAGUUAAAAGAAGGGGGCAGGGAAAAUAAGAAAGAAAAGGCUGGAAGCUCACUUGUAGGCAUAGGUUAUAGACGGGCAAAAGCAGUGAAGGCUGUAAAGAAGGCACAGGAUGCUGGAAAGAUUGGGAGGAAGGCCAAUAAAAAAUCAGAACGGCCUUCUCAAACAAAUCAAUCAAGGUCAGAAGAGAUGCAGGAGCUGUUCCAGAGUGACAUGAGUGAGAGAAAGCAGAAAAGAAGCAUGCGUGGUGCUGGAAAGAAAAAGUCCAAGAAUUCAUUUAAAAGCAAGUCACGAUACAAGCGCAAGUAACAGUAUCAAGUUUUUGGUCCUACGGAUGCUGUAAAUUAUCAUCUUUAAAGGGAAUGGGUCCAAUGGAACAUUUGGUGGGCGCUACUGCUCUGACCUGUUCAGCCAUAUAUCACACAUUCUUCUGAGCCUGAAAUUCUUGAGUCUGGUCAAUCCUAACCAAACCUGAUAGUGUCAGUUGGGUUCCCAUGUGGUGUUUAGGCUCAAUUUUCACCUUGUUCUGGGUUCCUCAUCACACUCCUCCUGAAGUUUGUACUCUAUGAAGUCAAGAUUUUUUCAUAUCUGAUUAUUGGUGAAUUUUGAAUUAUUUGUUCAAACAUUUGGGUUAUUAUCUCAUACUCGUUCCCAUGAGUUUUGUGUCUCCUGAAUGUAAUCUCUUCAUAUUAUCAGUGAAUUUUGAAUUAUUUAUGAUGCCA